AUGGGAAUUCACGUCCCUUGCACAUUUGCUUCUUUCCCUACUUUAUACCAGGCCACUUGGUCUCGCUUUUCGAAAUGGCUCGACUCUUCGCUGUCCGCGGAGAACAUGUCACAUUCAUCACCACCCCAUCCAACGCUGCCAUGCUCCAAAAAGUCGUCUGACAAGGAUGUCGCCGCCAGUCUCCACGUGGCCCUCCACAUCAUCCCCUUUCCCUCCAAGGAAGUCGGCCUCCCCGAAGGCAUCGAGAACCUCGUCGCUGCCAAAGACCGGGUCACCGCCAGCAAGAUUCACAUGGGCAUGUGCCUCCUCCAACAACAGAUCGAACAAUUCCUGGAUGAAUGCCCCCCAGACUGCAUUGUCUCCGACAUCUGUCUUCAAGAAGCCAUACGCCGUCCUGACUCGCCACAUCUCAUGGCCAAGUCCGACUACGAGCCGUUUGUCAUCCCAGGGUUGCCCGAUCCCAUCACCAUGAUGCGGUCUCAGCUCCGGGCUUCAUUCUCAAACCAGACAGACCACACCCCAAAAGCUAUUAUCACUCCUGUGCGAGUAAUCCUGACGCUCAGUUCUAACAGGUUCACCAAAUUUACUGAGCUGUGGCGGGAUGCCGAACUGAGGAGCUACGGCGUCGUUUUGAACAAUUUCUACGAACUUGAUCCUGUUUACACCGACUUAUACAAGAAGCUAAGGGGCCACAAAGUCUUCAAUAUUGGCCCUGUGAGACUUAUUCAUCGGAACAGCGGAGAAAAGGCGGAGAAGGCACACAAGGCGGUGAUCGAAGAGGAGGAGUGCCUCGCUUUUCUAAAUUCCAAAACACCUAGUUCAGUCCUUUAUAUUUGCUUCGGAAGUGCGUGCAUAUUCCCGAAUAAUCAGCUAAUGGAGAUAGCGUGUGGGCUAGAAGCAUCGGGCCAUAACUUUAUGUGGGUUGUGUUCGGCAAAGACGAUGAAAAAGACGAAGAGAGAGACAAGUGGCUGCCAAAGGGGUUUGAAGAGAGGACGAAGUGGAGGGGGAUGAUAAUAAAGGGAUGGGCCCUACAGUUGUUAAUUUUGGACCAUCCCUCAGUGCUGGGGAUAGGGGUGGAGGUGGGGAAGAAACAUUGGAGCCUGUGGGUGUGGGACGACCUUGAGAAGGAGGUGGUGGGGCGGCUGAACAUAGAGGACACAGUGAGGAGGGUGAUGGAUGCUGGAGAUCCAGUCGGGAAGAUGAGAAGAGAGAAGGCAAGAGCGUGGGGAAAGAAAGCACAUGAAGCCUUGGAAGAAGGUGGGUUUUCUCAUCAGAAUUUGACGGUUCUGAUUCAGGAACUGAAAGAGCUCAGAGAAAUGAGAGGCUGA